UCCUAAAGACAAGAGGAUAAAAGUGAACGUUUAAUUUCAAGACUUGUCACUGUCUACUAAUACUCUUCACAAUGUCUGGCGAUGAUGCACCUGCUCAGCAGCAAAACGCCGAGGAAACAAAGCAAGAUAAUAAACCCAGCGAGGAGCCGAAAGCUGAGUCCAAGCCGGAGUCCCCACCUGUCAGUUCCAACGAGGCGGCAGCCACACCGGCGGCGACCGAGAAGGUCCCCGAGGAAGAGCAGUUCACCUACCGCUCUCUGGUCCUUUCCGGCUACGGGGGCUAUGAUAAGGUGAAACUGCAGGUGAAGAAGGGGAAACCGGCACUCAAGGCCGGAGAAGUCAUGGUGCGGGUCAAGGCAUGCGGGCUGAACUUUGCCGACCUGCUGGCCCGGCAGGGUCUGUACGACCGGCUGCCGUCCCCACCUGUCACGCCAGGGAUGGAGUGCUCCGGGGAGAUCGAGGCUGUGGGAGAAGAGGUGACGGAUAGAAAAGUGGGUGACAAGGUGCUGGUGCUGAACCGCUGUGGGCUGUGGCAGGAGGUGGCCGUGGUGCCCGCUACCCACACGUUCCUCAUCCCAGAGGGAAUGACUUUUGAGGAAGCCGCCGCCCUCCCCGUCAACUACAUCACCGCCUACAUGAUGCUGUUUGACUUUGGCAACCUGAGGCCCAACCAGAGCAUCCUCAUUCACUCUGCUGCAGGUGGGGUGGGCAUCGCGGCCACCCAGUUGUGCCAGACAGUGAAGGACGUGACCGUGUUCGGGACGGCGUCGGCCAGUAAGCACGAGACCAUCAGCCAGGGCGGAGUCACGCACUGCAUUGACUACCGUACACGGGACUACGUGGAGGAGGUCCGCAAGAUCAGCCCCAAAGGGCUGGAUAUUGUGCUGGAUCCUCUGGGAGGCUCAGACACCCACAAGGCUUACAACCUGCUGAAGCCCAUGGGCAAGCUCAUCACCUACGGUGCAGCUAACAUGCUAGCAGGCCAGAAGAAGAACCUUCUGGCGGUGGCUAAGACCUGGUACCACCAGUUCUCCAUCCACACACUCAGCCUUAUCCAGAACAACAAGUCAGUAUGUGGCUUCCACCUGGGCUACCUGGACGGAGAGGUGGAGGUGAUUCAGCAGGCCAUGACCACCAUCCUGGACCUCUAUAAACAGGGCAAGAUCAAACCACGCAUCGACUCCACCUAUCACCUCGAACAGGUCGGCGAUGCCAUGCGGAGAAUGCAGGAGAGAAACAACAUCGGCAAGGUGAUCCUCAUCACCGAGCCUAUGCCAGAGGAGGAGAAGAAAGAGGAGCCUAAGAAAGAGGAGAAGAAGGAGGACAAGAAGAAGGAGGACAAGAAGAAAGACGACAAGAAGAAGGAUGACUCCAAGAAGGAGGACAAGAAAGAAGAGAAGAAGAAGGAAGAUCCGAAGAAGGAGGAGAAAAACGAGGAGAAAAACGAGGAGAAGAAAGAGGAGAAGAAGGAGGAGCCCAAGAAAGAGGAGAAGUGAGAGUGAGGGAUUGAUGGAUGGAUGGAUAGUCAGGCAGGCAGACCAUAGGGGAGCUCUUGUCCUGGGAGCAGGGGUUUGGUUUGGGAGGGGGUGACAGGGCAGGGGAAAUGUGGUGGGGGAGGGAAAGGGAGGUGUGGUGUGUGUGUGGAUUGGAGUUGGGACAGCGGGGGAUGGGGGUGGGCUUUAUAGACACAUUGAACAGCAGUCAACUCUGUCAUCCCUACCAUCAUCUCUCAGACCCCUUCCCAGUCCACUCUGACAGCGAAUACUCAGGCCUGGGCCUUUACCCACCCCUCCCCCUCUUCCCCUCUCUCUCCUCCCCCACUCAAGCAAGGGUCACCUUAUUUCUGAAUCCCUCACGCUCCCUCAUCCCAAGGCACCUUAAUGAUAGCCGGGCUCACAGAACAGCUCCCGCCCUCACCUCGCCACCAUGGGAAAAUGACCACUACGAUAAACUCUCCUUUGACUCAUGUCAUAACAGUCUGAAGGUGUUGCCUGUUGAGACCCCAGAGAGAGAGAGUCCGAGAGAGAGACACACAGAGGGACAGUGUGGGUGUAAUUCCCAGGCCUGGGGUGCAUCACCGUUGCCUUGACAACGAUAAUUCGACCCGUUCCAACUCACACAGUGCCCCUCCUCCCUCCAUGUCCCUCUCCAUGUCGACUCCCACUAUGCUAAAUUGCCCUGCCCUGACUUCCACCUGUCACCUCUCCUUCCUCCCCUCUCCCUCUAUUGAGUUGCCCCUCCCCCUCUCCCUAUUGUAUAAACCCACAGACAGACAGACAGACAGACAGACAGACAGACAGACAGACAGACAGACAGACAGACAGACAGACAGACAGACAGACAGAACCACACCCACCCACCAUCUCACAUACGGUCCAGUGUUUUGUUAUGUCACUGUGCAUGAGUCAGUCAGUGUUUGCUUGUCUGUGAUUGGCUGUCAGCUCGCCUGGAGAUGUUUGCAUGGCUGUGUGAUGCUUGACUCCAAAGCCAGUGGUUACAGAACUCCCCUGUCAAUCACCACAACCCACUCUUUAUUUAAGUAUAUGAAGAAAGGUUAGUGGCGCGUCCCUUAAAUGCCAGGGUACUUCUAGUAUCACACAGCUCCGCCCUCACAGCUGAGCCCACACUACAAAUCCCAUAAUCCUAGAGGUGACGCACUAGAGACCAGACAAUAGCGUGUGACAGGAUGAAGCUCCAGACAGAGAAUUAAUGAGCCAUUUGGUCCAAUAUUAAAUAGGGAGGGAGAAAUUAGGGCUUAGUUUUGGUGCUCUGUAGUCACUGAUGUUUCUAAUGAACCAACUGUUGGCAAGCAGUGCACAGUGUCAAUUAGGAGAGAAAAUUGUCUCUCUUCAAACAAGGCGCACAAACACACACACACACACACAGGGCGAUGUGUUCAAAGGGGCAGUAUUGUGUAGAGACACGAAGACAUGUGAACGGAGUAAGAUAGAGUUGAAUGCCACCCAGUUCCUUGAUAUCAGACCCUACUCCUCCCUGACAUUCCACUCCUUUCACAGUGACCGCUUGCCUGUCGUUCACCCUGAUCUGAAACAGGGGAGUUUAGAAGGGUAGAAGAACUCCUGCUGCUGUGCAUUCUCACCCGUCCCUCCCCCUUCUCCCUUCUCUACACCUCUCUCUCUCUCUCUCUCUCUCUGUGGUCGGCAUAGCAACAGGCACCAGGCUCGUCAGAGAUGGCGCUCUGGUCUAUUUCUCGGUCUAUCGAGAGUGAGUGUGUGAGUGAGCAGUAAAUUGUCUAAUGAAACCUCGGCUUUAGUAUUAAAGCUUUAGUACAGAGCAGUAAAAUCAGGCUAACAUCCAGGUUUCUAUACUCUGGAAAUAUUUCUAUUUGUAUCGGUAUAUUAUGAGGACAUUCAAAUCUCAUAUAGUCUGUGUGCUGGUGGCACACCUAGGGCCACAAUCAGUAGUUGGCCUCUCCCAUAUGAAUGCACUGCUGCCCCUUGUGGACAUAAUUUAGAACAGCAAGACUGGUUUUCAGAAGUUGAUUACAGGCGACACCUUUGUAUCAAUAAAGCGGGGUUUUGUUUACGUCCUCCUCUAAAUUAUAUUGAAUUAAUCUGAUAUUCAUUCUUACGUCAGAGAUUAAUUGUCUAUAAUAAACCAUGGGCGGAAGCUCAACCUGUUAUGUGCAGGAGUCCUGCAGUACGGACUUCAAAAACACACCACUACUAUCCCAUUUGGAAAUAUGUGAGAAUCCAUGCUCUUUACACACUUGUCUGUCCGCCUGCCUGUCUGUGAAGAGUCUCAGAUGGUGACUAGUGACUUUGUAAAGAAGUUGUUGUGUUAGCAUGAGUGACCUCCCUCAUGUUGUGUGUGAAGAUGUGUGUGUCCUCAGGUCGUUUGUCAGGUUAAGAAAAGACUCCCACCUCCUCAACCCCAUUACAACCUCCCCUUCCUUGCACUCUUUAUCUGCUUCACAGCUGUCUAGCUCCUUUGUUUCUCUCUCUAUCUCUCUCUCCUCCCCUUCUCUGACGAGGCCAAUGUUAAGAGGACAGUUGGUAUAGGUAUUUUGCACUCUGCUUGCUGAUCUUAAUGCACUUCCAGGCAUGGCAGUCCCACUCCAGUCCCACUGGCUCUGACUCCGCUCCGCUUCUUCCCCACUCAAAGAGACCAUACUGUAUCUGCUGAAACUCACUGGAAGCACAGUGGAAGUGACAUUUUUGCAUGCACUCAAAACACAAACACUCAUCUCCUCCUCUAGCUUCUGCCAGCUUCUCCUGGGUGGCAGCUCAAAUGAAACCAUUCAUUCAUCCAGGGCUGUGAAAGUGACGACCCGGUGUAGCGGGGACAGCAGUGGGCCUGGGACGGAGUGUGAGUGCCAUGCCGGUGUGGGGAGUGAUUGUGUUCUGUCAGGCUCUGGUUAGUGUUCUUUUCUGAUCUGCUGGGCUCCUUCUGUGAACCUGUGGACCGGUGCUUUUGUUUUCUGAAUGCCAUGUGAGAAGCUAAUGCUUCAGUAAAAGGAUGUUUUACUUAAUAGGUUAUUUUUGUUGUUGUUGUUUGACUUAAUGUUUUUUUUGUUUUGUUUUCCAAGGGGUUUAAAGUUCAAAGUUCAUACUCUUUACGCAGGGACCUGCCUAACUACAUUCCUUUUCAAUGUGAUGAGCCUUUCUGUUGGGCCUGACCAUUUGUGCCAAACUGUAUGUACUCCUCUGUCAAUGCCUUGACUACAACGGUGCAUUCAAUGAAAAGGAGAAGAAGAAAAUAUGUUUCUGGGUACUUUUCCUAUGACCUUGUAGAAAAACAAAAACAAUCUGUGUAUGAUUUCUGUCCCAAAUGCUUAUGGGUGCUGAUAGAGUUUUGCUACAGUUUACAAAAGGUUCUAGUUGUUUCUGAUUGGUUGGGGUCUUGCUCUCAUGCCUCAAUCCUAACACACACACACACACACACAGACACACUAUCUCGUUGAGAGGCACUUCCCUCCAUAUCCAAAUUCCUCAUUGUGCUAGUCUCAGAUCAGUGAAAUGUGUUAAGAGUAUUAUCAGGCCUCAGACAUCUACUACAACAAACUGAUCCCACAUCAGUCGACAGGCCUAUGCGUUUACAUUCAGACCAUAUAAUCUCCAUAACAGUGAAUGGACAAGGUGCAUGGACGAUUAGGCUGCACAGCAAAGCAAACAAACUCAAAUCUUCUUAGAAUUGCAACCCCAAAAAAUAAAAAUAUUUUUUUAAAACUGAUUCUUUCAAAAAUAUACAUGACCAGGCGAAUCAUUGAAUCAUGGAGCAUUUCUUUCAUCCACCUCUCUCUAGUUUAGCUUUGUGAACACCACCAUACUCCGGUUUCCUGUUUCUCUUCCAAAUGGUUUGUAUGGGAUGAGAGAGAGUGAGUUAGCAGAUGUGUAGGGGAUGUCAUAGCGAGGCCAUAUGGCACAGCUGCACAGAUAGAAACCCAGCUCUAGGUCUGUCCCAGAUGCAACAUAUCUGCCCGAAAGCCGAUCCCAGUUCACAUACAGCCUGUUGGUCUCAGACAUUCCAUUAUCCUCUAUUGCACCUCGAGAGCUCUUUGGUUCUAGUCAAUUAUCAGUUAGCCAAAGCCCCGCCCUCUCCCCUCUCCAUACACACUCAUCAUACCAUACACACACAUCACAUUAACAUCUGGAAUUCAAUUGCAUGCAUCCAAUGGCAUGUGGUGCAGAGAUUAUAUGUCAUUUGAUUCAAUGUUUUUCUUCCUGUUUGAUAGAACCAAAAGGUCUCUUAGAUGAACUCAGCUGCAGCACACGGGUGGGUGGGAGGGUGUAGUGAGUGGCUAGGGCGUGGGGUGUAACUGGGAGUCAGAGAGGAGAGGAUGAAUCUGAUGUUGGCUGUGCCUGAGCCCUAACCCACUCCUCCCAACCCCUAGCGCCCGAUUGCUUUUCCAGUUUGGUGAAUCUACGUUGUAUGUCAGCUUGAAUUGCUUUUCCAGCCAGACACACAUUCUUAUGCAAGAGCUCUAAAACCAGAGAUGAUCCUUCGAGAAACUAAGGCAUUUCAUGCAUUGGAAAACAUCACAGCGCCCAGCUAUAUUGUUCUAGAUAACGUGCUGAUUGUUUCUUGGGAGUAAAAAAAAGGGUUUGAUUUGAUUGGCAGCAGUAAUAUCACUGUUUCACAUGGUUUCUCACAGGUCAUUCCAAACAGCCUCCUGUACUCUUGAUCAGAAAUGACUGCCUUUGAGUACAUUUGUCUGUCUUUGUUUUUCUCUUUCAUACCCACACACUAUAUCGUUCUCCUUUCCAGUCUCAUGUCAAUCGCAGUGCUGGGUGGAGUGUAUUCCUAGUUAGAAAGAUAAUCCCAGUCUGGAGAUUAUUACCACAUCCAGAGGCGUACAGCCCCCCCUUCCCUAAAAGAAAACAACCCAACCGCUUCUGGCUGUCUCUGGCUCUUCAUUAGCAAUCACUAAAAACUGUUGCCAUGUGCCAACUACCAACACAUUCCACGACUCUAUAGAAAUGCUGUGAGUGUCUGGUGCAUUUGGCUAGGCUUGUUACGAUGUGUAUAGUACACUAGGAUCUGUGUGUAGGUGACCCGGAAAAAAAGGCAUGUGUGUAUAGUUCACUAUUCCUUCCACUGUAUUGUUCAGUAGUGUCUCUGUGCAGAGGGAGUCCCUUUCCCUUUCCACCCCCAUCAUCAUGGUGCCAACAGCAGCCAAAUCACUGCACCUAUACCCGCUCCUGCCCCCCUCGCCUCUCCUCACUGCACCCAUACCCACUCCCAUUCUCCCUCCUCUUCCCUCAUCUGGCACUGUCAAGUCAGCCUCAUAACAAGAUGCACAUGAACCCAUCUACGGGAAAGUUUCAGGUAAAACAGGUCCAUUGUCACUUUCCCGUCCAGACAGCUCAGAUUCCACACAUGGUUUACUGUGAGACAGCUAUUCGACCUACACGUUGAUUUUGUCAUUCCUUCUCUCCACAGUGUUGUUUUCCACUCGUCUACUAAGUUGUCUCCGCUUUGUUUUUUUUAAACCCUUUGAAUUGAUGCUGCUUCUGUGCUUGUCUGGGUUUACUGCGUACGUGGGUGCCAUGCUGUCCACAGCAUGGGCUCUAGAGCUUGUAACGCUUCAAUGUGUAAUGUUACCAUAUGCCUUACAUGUUUUCCAGGACUAAUAAAAAAGCAUAACGAAAAAAAAACAAAAAAAACAAUUGA